AGAAGAAAAAAAAACUUUUAAUUUCAAAUAAAGUCGUCUUCUUCUUCCUCUUCUUUAGCUACAUCUUAAAAAUAGAUUUGUCCUUUUCCUUCAUUAGCAUUCAAUUCUUCAUCUCCUUAUCCUCUCUUCACCAUAAAAAGGAAAUUUGCCAAUUUUCUUUUGCACCCUCACCGACUAGUGAUAGCUGUCAUAGCUAGCUUUUAUCUCUCUCUCUCUCUCUCUCUAUAUAUAUAUAUGGAGUGAUAGAUUAUAUAUUUAUUUUGAUGUUGAACAGCUCUAUAAAUAGCACAAGAAAGAACAACACGUACAAGAGUAGCUAGCUGUUUUAGCAGCUAAUAUCAAAAAAUGGAUCUUGAAAGUCAUGAUCAUCAUAUUUCUUUUGGAAGUGAUGAUCAUCAGUUCCAUCAACAUCCUCAGCAACACUUAUUCCAUAAUACUCAGCAGCUGAUGCAAAAUAAUACUAGUAAUCUGAUUUCUUUUGGAAUGUUACAUCAGCCAUCUUCUUCCAUUCCAGAAAACUUCAUAAACAAAGAGAGUACAAGUGGUGGAGCUUAUGAUUUAGGUGAACUAGAUGAUCAAGCCCUUUUCCUUUACCUUGAUGGCCAAGAUCCUUCUUCAAAUCAUGACCAAAUACAAAAUAAUUCAGAGAUGAGACCACCGACUCUCAACAUUUUUCCAUCACAGCCUAUGCAUGUUGAGCCAUCAUCCACAAAGGGAAAUACUGGAAUUGUUUCAAGUGGUUCAGAGAAAUCAUCUCAGCCGUCCAUGGAAUUAUCCAACCCCAAAAAUGAUGUUCUUUCUUCUUCUUCUGGACCCGAACCAAAAGUUGCUAAGCGAGAAUGGAACAGAAAGGGUCCAAAUUCAGGUUCAGAGCAAAAUACACCUAAAACACCAGAUCAUAAGACAUUGAGGAGACUCGCUCAAAAUAGAGAGGCAGCUAGGAAAAGCAGAAUUAGGAAAAAGGCUUAUAUUCAACAACUUGAGUCAAGUAGAAUCAGACUUGCUCAGUUAGAGCAAGACUUACAAAGGGCUAGAUCACAAGGAUUUCAUUAUGGGGGCAAUGCAGUUUUAGGAGGAGACCAAGGCCUUCCUGGUAACAUUGGCAGCAUAAGUUCAGAUGCUGCAGUCUUUGAUAUGGAGUACUCAAGGUGGCUAGAGGAACAUCAUCGUCUCAUGUGUGAACUUCGAAAUGCAGUUCAAGAACAUUUUCCUGAGAACGACCUUCGAAUGUACGUCGAAAAUUGUGUGACACAUUACGAUGAAAUCAUGAACCUUAAAAGCAUGCUUGCAAAAUCCGACGUGUUUCAUCUUGUUUCCGGCAUGUGGAAAACUCCGGCGGAACGUUGUUUCAUUUGGAUGGGAGAUUUCCGGCCAUCUGAGCUUCUCAAGAUUAUCCUGAGUCAGAUUGAGCCAUUAACAGAGCAACAAUUUGUGGGUAUUUGUGGAUUACAACAAUCAACACAAGAAGCUGAGGAAGCUCUCUCACAAGGGCUGGAAGCUCUGAAUCAGUCUGUUUCAGACACAAUUGUCUCUGAUGCAUUAUUGGCUAAUUGUCCUCAAAACAUGGCCAACUACAUGGGACAAAUGGCCCUUGCCAUUAACAAACUCUCCACUCUUGAAGGCUUUGUUAGACAGGCUGAUAAUUUGAGGCACCAAACAAUUCAUCGACUUCAUCAAAUCUUGACGAGUCGUCAAGCUGCAAGGUGUUUUCUUGCGAUUGCUGAAUAUUUCCAUAGGCUUAGAGCUCUCAGCUCUCUUUGGGUGGCACGGCCUCGACAAGAAUAACUAAAAACUUUUCACUAGCUAGCCAGGUUAAUUUCUGUAGGUCUUUUUAAAUAUAUUUUCCGUAAACCUUUCACUUGUUCUCCUUAACCCUCUACUUUUCAUAGAGAUGUAUAGACAAAAGAACUCAAUUACUAGAGUAAAAUUAUGGAAUUAUAAUUAGUUCAUUA